GAUCAAGUGAAAGCUCUAAAAAGAGAGAAUAUAAUAUUAAAACAGCAGCUGAUGUGCAAGGUUUGUUGUAAAUCUCCAAUCAAAGAUCUUUUCCUUCCAUGUGGAGAGCUCUACGCUUGCAGUGAGUGUUCGAAGCUGCUCACCCAUUGCCCGUCUUGCAACACACAGAUCCUUGCCACAGUGACCACUUAUUUUGGUUGAUGUGAGUCGCUGUAGUUUGCAUAAGUUAUUUACCAAUAAUCAAUAAAAAAUAUAUUAAAAAAUAAAUGUAACUAUGGCAAGCCUCUUGAGUGGCUAGUUAGUUUAGAUAGCAAUGUAAAUAUGUAAUUAUAAAUGUAUCAUUUCCUCAUUAAGAAAAAAUCUUCAAUCUUUAUUUGAUACUCUUAAUAUAAUACUAAAAUUAAAUGGAAAAGUUUUUCUGUCUGAAUAUUGAUAGAAAAGAAAAUUCUAAAAAAAUAAUAAAAUAAAUAAAUUUACAGCUUUCAGGGAUUUAUAUCUUUUCCCCAAAGUGACUGAAACAUUUUUAUUAUAAGAAAUAGAUCAAGUAAAUUACAAGUAUGCCUUAUCAAAAUGUUAAUGUGUAAGAUUAAACUAUAUUCUAUUUAAAAGAUAUAUUACUUUAAAAGCUCUAGACUCUAUUUAAAAUCAAUAAUUUAAUUAUAGGUUCAUUAUGUGUGUGUAUUAAAUAAUUUAUCAGGCCAAUUAUCAAGAAUAUGUGAUUUUGUUCACAAAUAGGUUUUAUGGACUGAACAGUUGCAAUUCAAUAUAAAACCUGUGCCAGAUUAACUUUACAAUGUGCAUGCUUGUCCAGGUUAAAUGUAUGUAAAUAAAUGUAAAACUUCAACAGAUACUUUAUGUAGCAGCUAUCUUAAAUGUUCACACAGAGCACAUAAGAAUAACAUUUUCAAUGUUGUAGUGGAUGAUUUUUAGAUGUCAAACUUUUGUUUAUUUAGCUUUUCAAAUUAAUUUCUUGAGGGCAAUAAAAUGAAGAUAUUCCAAGUUAUGCUCUAGUUUUUUGAAUAAUAAUGUAACUGGUAUGCCUAACUAUCUACACUUGUGUAACAUAUAUUAUAUAUCAAUGUAUAAAUAGGUGUUAUUAAUUUUAUUUAAAAAAAAAAUUAAACUUGACACAUUUCUUUUUAAUUCAUUAAUUCAUUAAAAUUGUUUGUUAAAUUCUUAGUAGAGGUAGAUGGGAAAAUGGGGG